AUGCAGUCAUCAGAAGAGCCUAUCCGCCCUCUUCCCCAGUCUGGAAGCAAUCCCGGCCAAGAGCAGCAAACAGCAGCAGCUCAGACGGAAGCCGUACUCCCGCCUCGCAUAACGCCGAACAACGAGACCAUCGCCUCAUCCACAUCUGGACCUCUGCUGGACCACAGCCAUCUGAAGCCUGGUGAACAGGCCGCUCUUCUCUCCCACAUCAAGACAUUGGAGCUCUACCGGGUGAAUGCAAAGAGGACUAAUGAUCCUGAUCUCAUCUAUGAGUUUGCCGUCUUCAUGAUCGAUGCUAGCAAGUCGAUGCCUGACUCACCACCUGGACCUACUCAGCCAGGCUCAAAGGAAGAGCUUAUCAAAGAGGCUAUUGGCCUGCUGAAGAAGAUUGCAGAGCGUGGGCAGUCAGAUGCGCAAUACUUCUUGGCAGACUGCUAUGCCAACGGGAUCGGUACACCCAAGAACAAGCAGGACUUCGAUCGUGCUUACCCGCUCUUCGUACUCGCUGCAAAGCAUGGUCAUCCGGAUGCCGCUUAUCGAGCCGGGACCUGCUAUGAGAAGGGCUGGGGCUGUCGAAGGGAUAAUGGCAAGGCUUUGCAGUUCUACCGCAAGGCUGCUGCCCAGUCACAUCCUGGAGCUAUGUACCGACUUGCUACUGCCGAGCUGAACGGCGAGCUGGGGCUGAAGCGCUCAGCCAAGGAGGGCGUGAAAUGGCUCAAGAGAUCGGCUGAUGCCGCUACACCAGAGUUUCCUCACGCACUCCAUGAGCUCGCUCUCCUCCACGAGCGGGGAAUCGACAAUGUCCUCUUCCUCGAUCCCGAGUACGCUUGUGAGCUCCUUGCGCAGGCUGGAGAGAUGGGCUAUGCACCUUCUGCCUACAAGCUCGGAGUCAAUUACGAGUACGGACGGAUGGGCUGUCCUCAGGAUGCCGGCUUGAGCAUUCACAUGUAUAACAUUGCUGCGCAGCAGAACCAUAGAGAAGCCUGCUUCGCUCUUACUGCCUGGUACCUGGUUGGUGCCCCAGGCAUCCUGCCGCAGAGUGACACUGAAGCAUAUCUUUGGGCCAAGAAGGCGGGGGAGCAAGGACUGGCAAAGGCAGAGUACGCAGUCGGCUACUUCACAGAGAUGGGUAUCGGUACAGUGAAGGAUAUUAAGGAAGCCAAGGCUUGGUUCAGUCGUGCUGCUGAGCACGGCGAUCAUCGUGCCAACCAGCGUCUGACGCACCUGGGCGCCCCGACCGUCAAGAUGGCCAAGGGGGCGGGGAUGAACGACAGCAAUGCGAAAGGUCUUCAUAAAGCAGGCCAGCAUGGCUCAGCAGACGAUCGAAAAUUCGGGCAUGAGUCCGGCAGGUGGAGGGGCGACGACGUACCCUUCGCCGGUGACGAUGCGUGA